AUGAACCUGCUGUGUCGCGGGCGCCUGAAGCUGCUGGUGGCGUCUCUCACGGCCGUGGUCCUGCUCACCUGGCUCUACCUGCUGGCUGGAAACCUGGAGAAUGGCCGCUCCCUCCUCCUCGCUCCCUGCCUGGCCGACACGCCGGCGGCUCAGGUCCUGGAGCGAGCCGUCCUGGAGUCCCGGGUCCGAGAGGUGGAAGAGGAGAACCGACAGAUCCGGCUGCAGCUCAGCCAAUCGCAGGGCGCCGCCGCCCAGCAGCCGGACGGGAACUACGCUAACCAGCAGUGGGGGGCGUCGGCAGACACGGGACCUGAGGACGGGGACAACACAGCGGAGGAGAAGAACAACCACACGGAGUGUCCUCGAUCGCCCCCCGUCCAGAAGUGUGAGCUGAUCCACGUGGCGUGCGUCUGUGCCGGUCACAACGCCACCAGAGACGUGGUCACGCUGGUCAAGUCCGUCCUCUUUCACCGGAGAAAUCCGCUGCACUUUCAUUUCAUCACAGACACAGUUGCCAAUCGUAUCCUGAGUUCCCUCUUCAAGUCCUGGAUGGUCCCGUCUGUACAAGUCAGCUUCUACGACGCAGACGAACUCAAGUCCGAGGUGUCGUGGAUACCCAACAAACACUACUCAGGUAUUUACGGCUUGAUGAAGCUGACGCUAACCAAAGCUCUGCCCUCCGACCUGUCAAAGGUCAUCGUCCUGGACACGGACAUCACCUUCGCCACCGACAUCGCAGAGCUCUGGGGCAUUUUCAGGAAGUUUACAGAUAAACAGGUGAUCGGUCUGGUUGAGAACCAGAGCGACUGGUACCUGGGGAACUUGUGGAAAAACCACAAACCGUGGCCGGCACUGGGCCGAGGCUUCAACACAGGCGUCAUUCUCCUCUACCUGGAGCGGCUGCGGAGGAUCGGCUGGGAGCAGAUGUGGCGUCUGACGGCAGAGAGAGAGCUGAUGAGCAUGUUGAGCACCUCGCUCGCUGAUCAGGACAUCUUCAACGCCUUCAUCAAGCAGAACCCGGUGCUGGUCCACCAGCUGCCCUGCUUCUGGAACGUCCAGCUGUCUGAUCACACUCGCUCCGAGCAGUGUUACACCGAGGUGUCGGACCUCAAGGUGAUCCACUGGAACUCUCCGAAGAAGCUUCGCGUGAAGAACAAACACGUGGAGUUUUUCAGGAACCUCUAUCUGACCUUCCUGGAGUACGACGGAAACCUGCUGAGACGAGAGCUGUUCGGCUGCCCGAGUACGGCCGGUCCGCAGAGCGUCCAGCUGCAGACGGCUCUGGAGGACUUGGACGAGGACGAUCAAUGUUACGACUUCCGGCGGGAGCGUCUCACCGUUCACCGCGUGCACCUCUACUUCCUGCAGUACGAGUACACGCCUGCAGAGGACGACACUGACAUCACACUGGUGGCUCAGCUCUCCAUGGACAGGCUGCAGAUGCUGGAGGCCAUCUGUAAACACUGGGAAGGUCCCAUCAGCCUGGCGCUCUACAUGUCCGACGCUGAGGCUCAGCAGUUCCUGCGCUACGCUCAGGCCUCCGAGGUCCUCAAGAACCGCAAAAAUGUCGGAUACCACAUCGUCUACAAGGAGGGACAGUUCUACCCAGUCAACCUGGUGAGGAACGUGGCGCUGAAGAACGCCAACACCCCGUACGUGUUCCUGACUGACGUGGACUUCCUGCCGAUGUACGGCCUCUACGAUUACCUCAGGAAGUCCGUGGUGCAGCUGGACAUGGCUCACACUAAGAAGGCUCUGGUGGUUCCUGCGUUCGAGACGCUUCGUUACCGUCUGUCCUUCCCGAAAUCCAAAGCUGAGCUGCUCUCCAUGCUGGACAUGGGGACUCUCUACACCUUCAGGUAUCACGUGUGGCCCAAAGGUCAUGCUCCUACCGACUAUGCCAAAUGGCGAACAGCCACCACCCCCUACAAGGUGGAGUGGGAGCCGGACUUUGAACCGUACGUGGUGGUGAGACGAGACUGUCCGGAGUACGACCAGCGAUUUGUGGGCUUCGGCUGGAACAAGGUGUCGCACAUCAUGGAGCUGGAUGCACAGGAGUACGACCUGAUGGUCCUUCCCAACGCCUUCAUGAUCCACAUGCCUCACGCUCCGAGCUUUGACAUCUCUAAGUUCCGCUCCAGCUCCAGUUACCGCAACUGUCUGAACACUCUGAAGGACGAGUUCCACCAGGACCUGUCCAGGAAGUACGGCUCGGCCGCUCUCAAGUACCUCACCGCCCAGAGGAACAUCUGAGAGCCGGCGAGUUCCGAGUCCAUCAGCCCCUGAGCUCUGGGAGCUCGGGUACGUACUGACAUGGCAUCGCCUGGUCGGCCAUAGUGACGCCCUGGUGCGAAUAUGACAGAAAAGCUUUACAGCCCCUUUGGAAAUAUGGCAGGCUCCUGUUCAUUAACCCUCGAGACUACGAGACGCAGAGAUGAAGACUUGUCCAGGACGGAGUGACGCGGACUCUUGAAUGCAGGACUGAGCGGGCUGAAGGGACGAUCGGGGAAUGGAGCGUUCACACCGAUCAGACACGUUUUAUAUCGGGAAAAUUACCAUAUUCUUACAAUCUGUUCUGACAAUCAGGGCUUAUUCCAGAAGACUUGAACCAAAACAUCUGGACACUCGACUCAGAGACACUGAGACGGAGCCGAGUGGUUUUCACAGAAGACGAUGGUGUAAGGAGUCGAACUGGAGAAAGAUUUAAGCCUUAUCACUUGACAUAUUUCAUGAUUUUCAUUUUUUUCUAGUGUAAAUCCAAACCAAUGAAUAAUUGCCGACAAUGUUUUGUGUAUAAUUUUUCACGAAAAUCAUUAAUUUUAAAUUUUUCUCUAUUUUAUGACACGAAUAUCCAUCACGUGUGUGCGUGGUCUUUAACAUGCUUCUGCUUAUUGUCGAAAUCAGAUCCUCCAACACGUGAUCAUGUUCUUUUUGUUUUUUCAUCCGUCGGAAAGAAACUAAAAUCUUUUAUGAGAUAAGUCGACACUGAACUGGACCACAGACGUGUGACAGUGAGUUGAUGUGAAUGAAGAUGUUGAAAUGAGAAGAAGUUCAGGAGCUUUUAGUUUCUUUAUGUGUCUGAUUCACUGGGUGAAUGUGCCGUCUACUGAACCUCCCACCCACAACCCUCUGUCUUUUAGUUAAGUCCAAAUCAAACAAUUAAAUUGUUGUUUGAAUAUUGAAUAUUAAUAAUAAUAAUAAUGAUAAUGAAUAUAAAGACGAUCAGUGACUCUAAAUAAAGAUGGACGACACAUCUCCACGUCCUCCUGCCAUACAAAACAAAAAGUGAAUCAACGGUAUACAUUUUAUAUUAUAUUAUAUAUACACCAUGAGUAAAACACAGAAUUUAUCAGAAUCAUUGCCUAAUCAAUUAAAGGGAUUUUUUAUUCAGUACAAAAUGGACAGUUUAAUCAAAAAUAUUCUAAACACAAUUAAAUAACUAUUUAAAACCAAACUCAUUAGAAACAUAAACACUAGAAAAUCAGUGUGUCUACUAUUUUUUUUUUUUGGUCCAUGUCCAAUCUGCUAACAUGAAGGAGACGGAAUUUACGAACUGUACUGCAGCUAGCCACAAGGGGGCGUUCUAUCUCAUAGUCCAUCUUUAUUUACAGACUCAGGAGAGAGGACGUGGAGUUUACUGAUCUGAUUUUAAAACGUAGCAGAAGGAAACUGUUGUUUCAUUUAAGUUGGAUUUUACCUGUUUUGAUUUGUCUUUUUUCCAAUGUUUGUUUGUUUGUGUCCGUCCCAUCGACCGUGUUGAUAUUUUUAUAAAUUGUUGUCGGUCAUGAAAGACGUAGAAUCCAAAUCCAUGGUUUUAAAUCAUAUUUAUAUAAGUAUCUGAAUCUGAGGAUCUCUCCGUGUAAAUGCAGGUUCAUCAAAGGGUUUAUUUCGAAAAGCAGAACAAACUUCAUUUUAUUUUGAUAGCCAGUCAUGUUGAUGGGCCUUCGUCGCCUCUCGGGGGGGAAACCAGCUUUAACAUCCACUUUUAUUUUAGUUUUUCAUCUGUAUCAUCUUUUAAUUCUGUUAAAAAUCAUCUUCUCAUCCAUCAGAGCGUCGCUUUAUUUCAUGAUCCUUCAUCCAAACAGCAGUGAUUCACAUUGAGUUCCACUGAGAACCAGAGUCGGGGGCAGAACACGAGUGACGGCUCGUUCUGAGUUUAUGUUCUGAUGACGAGUGUCCUGCGGAGCCCCGCCCCCUCCCACGCCGCCUCCAUUGACUUGUUGUUGAUUGUGGUAAAUGCUAGUGCCUUUGCUGUAUUGUGAAACUGGAUAUUGAUUGUACUGUUGAUCUGACAGGGCCUCGGGACAGUCAGGCGCUCUAUUUAUUAUUGUUGACUCAAAUCAAUCAUAUUUUUCUAUGUAAGUGCUUUAAAUAAAUUUGCCCUUUUGUAA